CCAGCCAGAAGUAAUGGAUACACUAUUAUCCCGAAGCUCGGUAGUCAAUGAAGUUGACAACAACAGACGUACUGCUCUGCAUAUAGCAGUUGAAGAAGUGUACGUAGAAUGCGUCAAAGUGCUGCUGCGUUAUCAUUGCGACGUCAAUCUCCAGGACAUGUAUGGCUAUACAGCGUUGCACUAUGCGAUCAGGAACAACACGUUCGAUGUUAUCGACGCGUUAUGCAUCGAGAGUGUCGACUUCACAUUAAAUGACAAUGGGGGCUUUAACAUUCUGCAUUAUGCCGCGGUCGUGGGCAACGUUUAUGCAACAAAGAGGCUGGUUACACAAAUGCCUCACUUGGUGGAUGUAAAAAUGAAGAACGAUGGAAAUACAGCGUUGCAUCUAGCAGCGUUAAAAGGAAACAGAGAAGUCGCGGCCACCCUUCUUUCGCAGAAUGGCGGCCGCGCCAAAGUCGAUUUGCGUAACGAUCUAGGAAAAACGCCACUGCACUUAGCAACUUUGGAAGGACACUUGCCGCUCGUCGAGCUACUGGUACAUCAUAAUGCGGACGUCGGCAAUAUAGAUAAGAACGGUGACACCGUACUGCAUAUUGCGUGCAAUUUAGCCAAGAGCAAGAGCCAAAAAAUUGUGUCUAUACCCGAAAGU